AUUUUGGCUCUAUCCGACGAUGCCGAUGGCCGUGCCUGAGGUAGAGCCCAUCAUCCAUGACAGCAUGAGCGAAUGAUCGCUUCAUGUGGUAGGAAUCCCCGGAAAGCAUCAACCUGCCACGACUUCGCAGAGCCGCAGGAACGAGCUCAGCGCCCAAGCUUCAGAUUCCGCCGUAUUUUGCAUGGGACAAAUGGAACGAUCAGGGUAGCCAUGUGCGCCAGGCUUCACCAGUAGGUAGCGAGACAGAGGUAGGAUAUACAUGCACCGUGCGUAGUCAUCUCAUCACGAUGCCAUGUAUGACACCCACGAACAGUCGCUCAAACUACGAGCCAAAGCCAACUUGGAUUUGCUGCAUGAACGCAGUGCCCGCACGCUGCAGUUCAUAAAGAGUCGUCAUGCCAACCCCACUGUCGUGUCCGACGUGGAGAAGAAGCGCUUGUUGUGCAAGGAAAACAUCCAGGCGUUGCAAGCGCAGUUGGCGACUCCGAUCCUAUCGUCGGUCCAUCGUCAUCCGCCCGUGACUCGGUCAGCACUUCGUAGCCACAGCAGUUCCGACAGAAUCCCAACGAAAGGGAACAAGCAUGUGCAGUUUGCCACCACCGCCGACGAGCACUUCAUGACUGUCCCCGAUGUCAAGUCGACCCUGGAAACCCACUUGAAGGCUCGACUCCUCAAGGCAAGAGCACCCCCCGCCACCACCCAGACAAAGAGCCAACGUGAGACACGAUUCGGCAGUACCCUGCGACGACUUUCGUCCAAGCGGCACCCACAAACACAACGUACAUCGUCCAUGUCACAGACACAAUCAGAUGUCCCCUCUCCCAGCCCACCAUCGGAAGGGGCGGUGUCCGCCACUCGUCCUCGUCGACUUCGCCGGCAUCCAGCGACGUCAUCCGCGCCCGACUUGCCACGCCGCUUUGCGUUCCUUCGACCAGCUCCUCGCAAGUUUGUGUACUUCAAAUCCCCUUUGGUGGCGUUGCCUGGCGAUAAGCCAAAUCAAAUCAACGAAGCUACGCCAGUGCAUUCUGGUGUGGCGAUUCGACGACGACGGCGGCGAUACCCACGGCGAUUGGAGAACCCCGUCUUUAUGCACCCAAGGUACCCUCCAUACAGCUCGCUUCGUCACUACACGACAGAAUACCACGCUCAAUUUCGCCCCCCGCAUCGUCGCCCCCAACGCUUGCUCCUCAAUUAGCCAUACACUUGAUUAAACGAUACGUCCCCUGCUCCUCUGUCAUCAAACAGCAAAGAACAAUUCCACCAGUAACGUUACUAACUUUGAAGCAAAUGUUGUCCAGAUUAGUUCAUAACGUUAGUAAAGACGAGCUGGGAAGCAAUACAUUGCCA